AUGAAGUGUGAUGAUCCGCUCGAUAUGGAAGAAACGAUAGAGGAUGAAGAUUGUAAUAUUAGUAAGAAUAUUAGUAGUACUAUACUUAAAACAGAUGAUGGAAUGGGAACAAAUUCUAAUGGCAAUGAAAAUGAUGAUGGUGUGAUGGAUUUCGAAUAUAAUACAAAUCCGGAAGUUUGUAUCAUAUCGAUCGAUUCUUUGAAAUAUGGUGAAUAUAAACAAUCCCCAGAUCUACAUGUUGUUCGUGUAACUCAAAAGGAAAUUCUUAUCGAUGCUGUCACUUUUCAUGAACGUUCCCUGCAAAUUGAUUUUCAUUGCCUGUUGGAUUCAGAUCCUAUUUUAUUAAAAUAUGAAGUGGAUAAAUCAGUGCAACUCAUUUGGCAUGCAGAGCUUGCACAUGACAUAAUACCAGAAGAGUGCCAGAUGCGUUCUGAUGAUCGAGAAUAUGUGCUAAAAAAACGAGAUCCAAAUCAGUGGACUUCAGGCUUGCUGCAAUGUAAUUCAUCUAGUGCCUUAUCGGCUUUACGUUCCUCAUCUACUACUACAUCCCCUCAUACAUCACGGCCAAGCAUUUCAUAUCGUUAUAUUGGUUCCACAGCUGAUCGAUCAGGUUUACCUCCCACAGGACAAUCUUCAAAUUGGAUUUCUUCGCAUGGUUCUAAAUAUCAGCGUACCUCUUAUUAUCCUACUAGUCGAAUUGCAUAUUCAGCGCAAAAUUUCAAUUUUAAUACAUAUGGAAAUUAUCCAUCAACAACGCUACGAUCACAGUCAACAAGUUCAGUUUUGCGAAGAUCUUCCUCAUCGUCGUUAUUUUCGUCAGCUUCUUCAGCUUCUUCAAAUAUUGCUCAAAACUCACUAAAUGAUUCGCAACAUUCAACAGGUAGUGCAUUGAAACAAACUAUCCCUCCUUCAUCAUCUCCAACAAGUCGUCCAACAGCAAAGGUAUUACCAUAUGAUGAGCAAGGGACAGUAGUCGAUUGUGGUUUUACUGGUCUGAGGAAUAUUGGAAAUACAUGUUUCAUGAAUUCUACUUUGCAAAUGCUUGUUAACUGCAAGGAACUUCAAGUUUACUUUAGCGGUGGUUACUACAAGAGAGAUAUCAAUAUAAUGAAUCCACUUGGUUUUGGUGGACGUUUGGCAGAAGUUUUUGCAGAAUUUAUGAAGCAGAUGUGGAAUGGUAUGAAUCGUGCUUAUGAACCAACAAAAAUAAAGGAACUAGUGGCUGAAAAGGCUACACAGUUUGCAAAUUUUGCCCAACAUGAUGCCCAUGAAUUUUUGAGUUUCGUAUUGGAUGGAUUGCACGAAGAUCUUAAUCGAGUUCGAGUAAAGCCUACAACAAAUACGAUUGAAGCUGAAGGACGACCAGAUAUUGAGGUUUCACGUGAAGCAUGGCAUAACCACUUGUUGCGUAAUGACUCCAUUUUUGUGGAUCUCUUUCAUGGCCAAUUGAAAUCCAGACUUCAGUGUCCGAAAUGUAAUCAGAUAUCAAUUACUUUCGAUCCGUUUGCUUAUCUUGCUGUACCAUUUCCAAAAGAGAAACGUUCUUCUACGGUGUAUUUUUGGCCUCUUGAUCCAUGUCUCAAGCCAGUUCGUAUUAUAGUGCGAUAUAAUGCAGAUGGGAAAAUUUCAGAGGUACUAGAUGCAUUAUCGCGAUUGGUUAAUGUAAAUCCAAAAUCUAUGCGCAUAAUUGAAGUAAAUAACCAUCGUAUUGUUCGCGUAUAUAAUCCGGAUGACAGCGUUAACAACAUACUUACCACGGAUAUUAUUUAUGUUUUUCAAGUACAUGAUCCUUAUGAUUGCAAUGAUGAUAUUGUUGAAUUUGCUGUUGUUCAGCGUCUUCUUUAUCGUAAGGGUAUCGGUCGUGCUUGUGCUUUCUGUCAUGCAACAGAUGUAAAACUAAAAACGUGCGAGCGGUGUUACGAUGCUUUCUAUUGCAAUCGCGAAUGUCAAGUGAAGAAUUGGCCAGAUCAUAAAAUCGGCUGUAGAUCACGUACUCAAGCGGAAGCUGUUGGGCAACCGUUCAUCAUUUCGUUACCUAAAAAACGAGCUACUUAUUCGAAUAUUAUGAGGAAUUUGGAAAGUCGUUGCAAACAUUCGGUUAAUGUAUUUCAACCACCAGUUGAAAACAAUAACGAUGCAGUGGUUGAUCCAUUAGAAUCUUCUCGUGAAUCAUAUGUGGGUUCAAGCUCAUGCUUUUCAGCAUCUGCUAUUAAUGGGAAUAUUGAUGAUUUACCGGUAGUUCCUGUUGCGGCGAAAAGACAGAUGGUUCUUGGUGAGCCACGAAAUAAAUCACGAACGGAAUCAAAAUUAUUCUUAGUACGUAAACUGCAACAAUCGGAUGCUGUAUUUGGUGAUACAUUGGUUGAUUCACGCUCUGAUACAGCUUUGGAUUUGCCAAAUGGAACUUUUCUUUCAAUUAAUUGGUGGAAUUUGAAAUGUGGUAAAGAAUAUUUAACAGUUGAAACAAAAAGAGAUGUGGAUGUCGAUAUCGAAAAAACCGCUUACUAUCAGAAAAUGUCAUCAUCAAUGGCAAGUUCCAGUAGCAUUGCUUCAAAUCCAUCGUUGUAUGAUAUGUUAGCAAUGUUUUCGGAAACGGAACGUCUUAAACCGGAAGAAUCCUGGUACUGCAGUAAAUGUAAAGAACAUGUAGAAGCAACUAAACAGCUUGUUUUGUAUCGCUUACCUCCUAUUUUGAUCAUUCAGUUGAAACGUUUCAUUUAUACAACAUCGCUGAUGACAGUACAUCGUCGUUCCAAGGAUGAUCGUCCUGUUCGAUAUCCACUUGAUAAUCUUGAUUUGGCUCAGUUUUUAUCCGACACUGCUCCAUCAGGACAGGAAACGAAAUAUGAUUUGACAGGUGUAGUAUGUCAUUCUGGGAGUAGCUAUUUUGGACAUUACAUAUCGUUAGGUAGACUGCUAAGUAUUGAUGGGAAAACGAUUGAAAUUGAUUGGCGUAAUUUUGACGAUUCGAUUGUUACACGUGCCCAACUUUCACGUGUUCAAAACGAUGAUGCUUACUUGCUAUUCUAUAAGCAGCGUGGAAGAGCAACACAGGAUUUGCUAAAGAAACAUUAUGGUAUUGGAUAA